CCGGGGGGAGGCACUCUGUGUGGAAGGGGAGCGGACCGCAGCCGGGACUGGCCUCGAACAGGAGACGGCGCCUUCAGAAGACCAAUGAUGGAAUCUAUAAAGAGUGAAUGUUUGGUGCCCAGUUUUGUCGGUGACACUGACGAGCCCUUUGUGGUUCCAGCCUCCCCCCCUCCCCCAGGGGGGUGGGGUGUGUGGGUGGGGAAGAGCAUGGACCCCCGCCUCCGGGCGGUCAGGGCGAGCAGACCGAGUCCGAUGCAGGGACCAGCCGCUCAGCAGCUCGACAUCAGCGCGCUGCUCGGUCGCUGCCUCCGCCACGGGGCCAAGGAGCCGCUUCCCGGGGCAGGGGGCACUCGGAGCAACUGGAGAGCCAGGGUGCUCCCCACCCCCGGGGGGUCACACAGCCAGCCCCAGGGGCACGGCCAAGCUGCGGCUGACCUGGCGACCCCCUCCGGGCGGCCGGGCUCCGGGCCAGUGCGAAGGAUCACAGUGGAUCUCCGCGCCGCCUUAGCCCGAGUGCAGGAGCCGCCUGAGGAGAUCGGGGAUCCACCCGGUGAGGGAGAUUCCUCACCCCCUGGGUGUCCCACACCCCCGGGGGCAGACCCCUCACCCCCAGACCUCCGAACCCCUGAGGUAGAUCCCUCUGGGUUAGAUCCUUUUCAGAGAGUUCCCUCGCAGGUAGAUCCCUUUCAGGGAAAUCCCUCCCUGUUAAAUCCCUCUCUGUUAGAUCCCUCUCAGAGAAAUCCCCGUUGGGUAGAUCCCUCUCGGAGACAUCCCUCUCGGGUAGAUCCCUCUUGGAGACAUCCCUCACGGUUAGAUCCCUCACGGUUAGAUCCCUCUCGGGUAGAUCCCUCUCGGUUAGAUCCCUCUCGGAGACAACCUUCAUGGUUAGAUCCCUCUCGGGUAGAUCCCUCUCGGUUAGAUCCCUCUCGACGAAAUCCCUCACGGUUAGAUCCCUCUCGGGUAGAACCCUCUCAUAGAGAUCCCUCUUGGGGAGAUCUCUCUCAGGUAGAUCCCUCUCAGGGAGAUCCCUCACCCAGAUCCACAAUGACCCAGAAUAAAACCAAGCGACAGAGACAGGCAGUGCCCAGGGGCUCCCCCCAGAGCUGCGCCAAGAGAGACGGGCUGUGGAAAAUGAAGAUGUCUCUGCCAGCCUUGGUGAAGCCCCCUCCCCUGCCAGGGAGUCCACACGGCGCCGGAGCCAUCGAUGACCGUCGCGACCCGCCGGUGGGGACACCCUUCGUCCCGUUGCCAAAGCUCCUCCGGACAGGCAGCGGCUGGAGCUCACAGAAAGAGAUCAGAUCGCCAGACCCGCAAACGAAGGGAAUGGAUCCAAGUUUCAUCAAGUCUGUUGAGGAAUCUGCCAUCCCAUUUCAUCAGCUACUACGUCAAAUGAGGAAAAAAACGUCCAGAGUGAACCAUGUGCUGAUUACUGAGGUACUGAAGAGUCUGAGGGAGGACCUGUGGUCAGUGCCCGAACAACCAGAACACAGCCACCUGAAUUAGUGCUCCCAGACCUGCUGAACUUUUCCAGAAAUUUCUGUUUUUGUUUAUAGUUGGCCCCUAAUCUGAGCACCAAAGCUUUUAAAGGACUUCCUACUGAUUGUUAUGUGUUUAAUUGAUUAUCAUAUUUCUACUCCCCCCACCCCCCCCCAC